AUGGCGGAGGCCGAGGGCCUGGGCAUGACCCUGGACCAGAUCAUACAGAGGCGCGAGUCGUCGGGCGGGGCCCGGUACAGCGCGAGGACUGGCGGGCCGGCGGGCAAGAGGGGGGCGGGGAGGGGCGGGCGGUGGGCUUCCCGCAGGCGGGGAGGAAUGGGAGGGAGGAUUGGCGGCGGCGGCCGCCGACUGGGGGUGAAUGCGCGGAUGCGGAAAGUUGUCAGACGUCCGGGCCGGUGGGGCGGCCGGCGGUAUCAGAUGAAGGAGGGACGCCCAAACGCAUGGAAGGCACAACAGUUCGAUGUUCUAGAGGGUUCAGGAAAAUGGAAGCACGACAUGUUUGAUGCACAAGACGACAGGCCUGCCAGGAGGAUGAAUUUUUACGGCAAGCACCAAUUGGAGACCACCAAAAUCCUCAUUUCGAACCUUGAGUACAACGUAACUGAUGAGGACAUUCAAGAACUUUUCAUAAGCGUUGGACCUAUCAAAAGAGCUGGCAUUCAUUACGAACGAAGCAGCGGCCGAUCAAAAGGUACGGCGGAAGUGGUUUACGAGCGUCGCUCGGAUGCCGAGGAGGCCAUCAGGAGAUUCAACGAUGUGUGCUUGGAUGGGAAGCCUCUGGUCAUGCAGCUGUGCAAGACGUCCGCGUCAGAGUGCAGGAGCUACAUAACCACACUGUCCUCGGGCAUAAGCGUCACGGAUCCAAAGACCGCCAAACGGUUGGAGAACCCAUACUACCAGACAGGCUUCGAUCCGCUGUCGCAAUCCAGCAAGUGCAUAAACCGGGGACAUUUGCUGCUUUCAAUGCGCGGGGAGGCUCUGAAUGGCGAGGAGUCUCAACAAAACUUGCUCGGGAUGAGAAUGCUCAAUGUGCAAUCCUCCAGCAUGCGCUGUCCGUGA